GAAAGUUUAACGAAGUAAAUGUUUCCGAAAGUGUCAGAUGGGAUGGAUGAAUUAAGAAUAUUUUUAAUUUUCCUGUUAACUGGAAGUGAAAUUAGAUUCAGUUACUCCUGUACUGGAACGGGGUACAGAAAUAAUAAUAACAAUUACUACUACAAUUACAACCCAAACCCGUACGACUAUUACUUCGUAACAUGUUCUGCUACGCAUCUACAGUUUGAUUAUCCAACCGCAACUAAAAAACUAACACUUGAAGGUUCUUUAUCAUCCAUACCAUCUUCAUAUUUUACCAAAUUUUCAAGUACAAACGAACUAUCCUUGAGCUCAUUGAAUGUAAAAGAAAUUCUGCCGGGAGGUUUUAAUAAUUUGCAAAAUUUAAGAAUUCUUCAUCUCGAUCACAACUCUAUAAGUAGCAUAGAAAACGGAAUAUUUAAUCAUCUAUUUACACUCGAAGAACUGUACUUAGAAUUCAAUAAAAUCGAGAAUAUUACUGAACACGCAUUAUCUGGAUUGGAUAGUUUGAGUAUUUUGAAUUUAAACGACAACCGUAUUCAUACAUUGCCGUCUAGUCUCAAUUCUCUAAAUAGAUUACGUAGUUUUAAUGUUUCAAAUAAUCUUCUCACCAUUGACAAUUGGCCUAACUCGUAUACAACAAAUUUAGAUUUGAGUUCAAACAAUAUAAUAAGUAUUCAAGGAGGAUUUAGUACUGUAGAACUUAGACUCCAUCAUAACAAUAUUAACCAAAUAAACUCCUCAAUGUUUAAAAAUUCUUAUAAAUUAACUUACCUCGAUUUGAGUUUUAAUAAUAUAACUUUUUUAGAAACAAACACUUUUAAUAAGAAAAAUGUGAUUGAAACAUUAUUAUUAAACAAUAACAAAUUAUCAAAACUUUAUUAUGGAUGUAUUAGAGUAUUAACAGAACUGAGAUUAUUAGAUUGGGCAAAUAAUCUGUUACAGAUGAUACCACUUGGGGAGUUUGAUACAUUAACAAAAUUGGAGAAACUAAAUCUUGCAGGGAACUUUCUACAAAAUAUGUUCGAAUUUACAUACUUAUCAGUACAGUCGCUCAAUUUAAAAGAUAAUCAGUUAACUGAUUUGACUAUUGAUUUAAAAUAUAUGCCUAAGUUGACCGAAAUAUUUAUAAGCGGAAAUCGAUGGGAAUGUCAACAUCUUAUGACUUCAAUAAGACUAUUUAAGGAUAAGCAUAUUAAAUUCGAUUCAGGAGAAAACUAUUCUGUGAGCAACAUCUUCGGCAUUCCAUGUGAAAAUGAUUCUUUAAAAAAUAUUGUUAAAAAUAAUUCAACGUUCCAUGAAACCGAAAUUUACGACUUUUUUAAUAAUAAAUUCAAUAGCACGAACUUUUUCAAGUACUUUUCUUCUUACAAAUCUGAAGGCGACGAUGAACGUCAGAAUGUUACCCCUGAAAAUGAAAUUGUUAAAGAGUUAAAAAUAAAUAAUAAAUUUAUAUUACAAUUGUUUAAAAAUAUAUCGACUAAGGAGUCUUCAUUGGAAAAAUAUACGAACGAAUUAAAAUCAAAUAAUAUUAUCAUGUCACAGAUGCUUAAGAACUUAACAAACAAGGAUUAUUUUUCUGAAAAGGCCGCCCCCUUAAAACUGAAUUCUAAUGAUUCACCGAAAGGCGCAGUUUCAAUAUUGAACGUAGUCUUAUUAAGAUUAGAUAUAAAAGUUGAACAAAAAGUUAUUCGUAGAGGUUUAACUGAAUUGUGGUUAGAUACAGAAAUGCCCAUAAUUAUAGAUAUUUAUUAA